AUGGGGGAUGUUCUCCUGGUGACAGGUUUUCACAAUAUCACUCCCCAAUUCAAAUUUGUACAAAGGAGAAAUGUGGUUUUGAGCAUUGAUACAGAUAAAACAACUGAACAAGACCUCCAGAAUGCAGUUACAAUUGCAAUGCAUAUCCUUGAACCACUUGGGUUCUUUCUUUUGGAUUACAGUAGCUAUGCUGAUACAUCCUCUAUUCCUGGUCACUAUGUACUCUUUUGGGAGCUUCAACUGAGAUCCAAUGAUGACUUUCCUGUACUUGAUCAGGUUAAAAUGGAAAAAUGCUGUAGUUUAGUGGAACAAUCUUUGGAUCUGCAAUAUAAGAUGCUGAGGAAUCAGAGCAACACCAUUGGCCCUUUGGAAGUAAGAGUUGUCAAACAAGGUUCAUUCAAUGAGCUCAUGGACUUUUAUGUUUCUCAAGGAACUUCUUUAAACCAGUACAAGACACCUAAGAACAUAAAGUCUGAGAAAGCCAUUGAAAUUCUGGACUCCAGAGUAGUGGGAAAAUUUUACAGCAGAGAAGUGCCUAAUCAAGACUCGUAG